UGGUACUUUAGGGAGCGUUUGUUUAACCGGAUGCGACGUCACAUGUUUGCGGUCGGAGCUUGUGGGCAGAGAAGAAGCUACUUUAGCUUAGCUAAAGUCUUUUACCUGCUCAGCAUUGAAACACGUCGAAUCGUCGUAGUAAUGGUCUGACCAAACCUCCUCCUAACCCACCGGAGGACUAACACCGUGUUUUCACCGACGGAGCGGCCAGCGAACCACCGACUGGAGGAAGGAUGUCCAGCCGCCUGGCCUUUCAGACCCAGCUGGCCUCCAUCAUGGAGGUCCUGGCUAACGCCGCGGUGGCGGAGAUCUGUAAGCUGGUGGACGAUGAAUACGCCGUGGUGAGUUUACAGAUGUCCCAGUGCCAGAGAGAGAACAAAGCCCUGAAGAGAAAGCUGCAUCUGCUGGAGCUGAAGAUGGCCCGGGGAAACGCCGAGAGGAGGCUCCGGGAGAGCGCCAUGAACAGCAGCCGGCCGAGAGUCCAGAUACACCCGGGAGACAGACUCCGGGAGUCCUCUCCAUCCACCAGUGCUGUGUUUGAGCGACAGAUGGCCGUGGCUCUGUGGUCAGGCAGAGCUGCUGCAGGUGGUGCAACUGGCCAGCCGGUCCACUCUGACAGCAUCCACAGUAAGUCUCCAGAUGUGGAGCUGGUGGAACCAGAGGCACUGCUGGUGAAGGAGGAGAAGGUGGAGGCAAACAUGUCCCGAGCUGAAGAGACAGAGGAGGACGUGCCCCUUAUAGGAGAUGAUGGAGUGCUGGAGUGUGUCCCUCGUGGAGCUGCAGGACAGAGACUCAGCCCUGAACAGCAGGACAUCCAAUCCCAGACCCAGUCUCAGACCCAGAUCCAGUCUCAGACCCAGAUCCAGAUGCAGAACAGCAGGCGUAGUGGCAACAGCAGAGGAGCGGAGGUCAGUGACUCCUCUCCUCUCCUUAAGUGCGACCUCAGUUCCUCUGAUGAGGGCAGAGACUCGCUGCAGGAAACGGUAAACCCCGCCCAGUAUGUCGAUGAUGUCAGCAGUGACUCACAGUUUGAUGUGUUGUGUGACAAUGAUAAAAGUGCUGACUCUUUGGUUGAGGAGUUUUUUGACGAGCCCUUGGGGGCUGAAAUGGAAGGACAGACGCCGUCUUGUUCAUACUCGAUGGCGGCGGCCGAUUUCCCUUCGACCUCCUCCAGUGUGAACGGCUGGGCUUGUUACGGCGCCAGUUUCCCGAUUUCCCAGCCCUUCAGUGACAGCAAACAAGCGCACCAUCGACCCGGCCCAAAGGAGAGACUGUUCGUCUGCAGCUACUGCGGCAAAGCUUUUAACCGGCCAAAGAAAGUGGAGAUCCACCAGCGUGUCCACACGGGGGAGAAGCCGUUCAGCUGCUCCACAUGUGGGAAGACGUUCUCCGAGGCUGGUAACCUGAGGAAGCACCAGAGGGUUCACACCGGGGAAAAACCGUACAGCUGUGGGAUGUGUGGCCGAGGAUUUGCCUGGAUAAGAAACCUGAAGACACACCAGCAAAAGAGCCACCCUGAAAUUCACCCUGAGGAGGAGAGCUGGGAACAGACCCGGACCGAGCCGGAGGCGGAGCCAGAAGUGGUGCUGGUGAAGAUGGAGGAGGUGGAGCUGGUGACAGGACCUCAGAGCCAGACAGGCCUCAGCAUACAGGAGGGGCUGGUGGAGUCCAGUACAGACAACUACAGAGGAGCACUGCCAUUCGACGAGACCACACAGGCUUCCACCAAUCAGCUGUCUGACCUGCAGGAGGCUGGGGGGGGAUUCUCAGAGGUCAGCUAUGGCCAUUCUUCACUGUGGACUAAUGGGGGGGGUAGUUAUUGUCAUGACAACAGCCUCCCUGGGCCGUCCUCACACUGCGCCCCCCUCUCAUACCUGCCCGGUAGACUCAUUGGAGCAGAGCCUGGCAGCUCUGGGAGGGGACUGGCUGUUGAGAGUUCAGCAGGAAGGGGAUUGGCUGUUGAAAGCUCCAGAGGCUUCCACACCUCUGUGUCCUUUGAGCAGCAGCAUCCCGUUAUCGAUUUGUCAGAGGAGUCAAGCCCCAUUCAGGUUUCAGGCCACAUACAGGGGGGGCAGCUGGCUGUUCAGAGGCCCCCCCCAUUCCUGGACCUGGGUCCCAGUAAGGCUAAGAGCUGUUACAGCGGCGCUGACAUGCAGCAGAAAGUCCCCAGGAAGAGGGUAUACAUGUGUAGGUUCUGUGGGAAAGGUUUCAGCUCGCCAGCAAACUUAGAGUCUCAUCUGAGGACUCACACCGGAGAGAGGCCAUAUGGCUGCAGCAUCUGCGGCAAAAAGUUCUCCCAGUUCUGGAACCUGAAGAUCCACAGGAACAUCCACACCGGAGAAAGGCCCUACCAGUGCUUGCUCUGCCCCGAGAGGUUUUCCGACCCCAGCAACCUGAAGAAACACCAGAAGAGACACCACACGCAGUCAGGGACGGGUCAGCUGCCGAAGCUAAAGUCUGCAGCCCCUCAGUCAACCCCGAUGAUAUCGGAAGACUCCAUUGGUGUCGUGUCCGUCCAGCUCAGGGUACCAGACACCAACACACCAGCCAACCCCAACACACCACCACCUCCACCACCGCAGAGAUCCAGCAACACUCUCACCUCUAAGUACUCUCUGUUUGAACUGGAUACAUUCUUCAGCCGCUGGGCCCCUGAUAGUGACCCCGCCCCCGCCCCCGGUGGCCCCUCAUGUCCUUUCACUGCCGAUGACUCACCAGAGUGUGACCAGGACAGAGUUAUCAUUGUAGAGACUGAACCAUCAGUCUCCUCAGCAGUGAGGAUGAGUGGAGGGCAGAGUUUGACAGCUGGCCGCUCCUCAGGUGACAUCCAGCCGACUGCGUCGCCAGCAGGAGGGACUUCUGUGUCCACACCUCUGAGGAUGCAGGCUCCUUCCUCUCAGCAUCCGUGGAGCAGAACUAUAACAACCAUCAGACGAGCACAGUCUCAGCUGCUGCAGCAGCCUCGCAGCAGCAGCAGCAGCUCUGAGCAGCAGCAGACUGUCCCUCUGUCCUCCAGCAGAGCUGCUGUCACUAACACCAACAGUGGGGAUGAAACAAGUGUCUCUGGUAUCAGCUCCACCUGCAGGACUAUGAGCUCCACAGUGGCUCCACAGGCAGCUCUGUCUGUCAGGGGAUCCACUGCAGUGUUGGCCAGCAUUGAGGCAGCCAUCGCUGCGCAGCGUCGAGCUGGCCUCCUGGCCUGCCACAGUAAAAGCCAGGCUGCCGGCGUUGCGCCGGCUGAGCGCCGCAGGAAGAGCUACGUCUGCCGAGCCUGCGGCAAGGCAUUCUCUGGCCUGUCCAACCUGGAGGCCCACGAGCGAGUCCACACGGGGGAGAAACCUUUCCGCUGCAAUACUUGCGGGAAGCACUUUUCCGAGGCCGGGAACCUGAAGAAGCACCAGAGGGUUCACACUGGGGAGAAACCCUUCAGCUGUGACCAGUGUGGGAAGAAGUUCGCCUGGAUCUGCAACCUGAGGACGCACCAGCAGUCUGCCACAGGCUGCGGACCACAGGCCAGGGGGGAAGGAAGAAGGAACUUCUUCACGGAGACAUGGACAACCCGACACUGGCUACCCUUCGAUUACGCCGACGCUGCUGGACUGGGUUUCUUCGCUGAACAAGAAACCAGCUGCCGCAACCCUCAGAACGAGGACAGCACCGUCAGAACCACACCAGAGAACCUGUGCUGGAUUUUAACCGACGGACCGGCGGUCCAAAGGUUGAAGAUCCUCCCCUCACUGGACGAGUUGAGACUCCCCUCCCUGUGUUUAACUAAACACGAAACUACGGAUCCAAAAAGAGAUUUCUGCCGACGCAGACCAACGAUCUCUCCUGCCUGCAGAAGGAAGAAGGAACUUCUUCACGGAGACAUGGACAACCCGACACUGGCUACCCUUCGAUUACGCCGACGCUGCUGGGUUUCUUCGCUGCCAAACAAGAAACCAGCUGCCGCAACCCUCACGAACGAGGACAGCACCGUCAGAACCACACCAGAGAACCUGUGCUGGAUUUUACCGACGGACCGGCGGUCCAAGUAA